CAUAGGAACACACAGGAGGAAAUGGAAGCUAAAAGUUUGACAAUGUCAAGCUCUUCUUUGCAUUUGUUUCAAGUCUUAUUAUUUCCGCUCUCCAUUCUUCUUCUCAUGUCAAACAUGCAGAAAAUCUCAGCCGCUGCGACUACUAAGGCCAAUUCUACCGGAACUUACAAAAAUUUCAUCAAAACAGCCUGCAACACAACCAGGUACCCCAAAGAGUGCAACAAAGCUCUCUCCCCCUAUGCAUCCACCAUUAAAACCGAUCCCCAGAAGCUUUGCGACACUGCCUUGUCCUUAACGCUAAAUGCCACAUGCAAUACGUCUUCAUCAAUAGAAUCACUGUCAAAAAUGAAGGGGUUAAGUCCUUCCGAAACCGAAAUCAUCCGUGAUUGUUCUGAAACUGUAGGUGAUGCCAUCGACAAGCUCACGGACUCCUUGAAGGCAAUGGCCAGGGCGCAAGGCUCGAAACGUAGGACCGAAAUGGGUAACGUAAGGACUUGGGUUAGCGCCGCCCUGACGAAUGAGUACACAUGCACGGAUGAAUUUGAAGGCCAGAAAGUAAGCAAAGCUGUGAAGAACACAAUGAAGAAGAGCGUGAUGUAUCUUACCAAAAUGACUAGCAAUUGUUUGGCUCUUCUCAAUUUACUGGAUUACUGAAGUGUUAUCAUUAAUUAGCAUCUUUAUUUUAUUGUUUA